AUAGCUUGAUAAAUGCUCAAUCUGCUUGAGCAAAGGAAUCCUGGAUCCGCAACAAAAAAAAAAAAACCUUUAAGACCGGUUUCAAAGCGUGAACUUGAAAAGGAAAAAAUAAUUUGUUAUGUGAUAUUUUCGCUCAAGCUGAGAAACGCAACAGAUUGAUAGAAAAGAUAGCGUACAAAAUAAUUAAUAGGAAUGCUUGCGUAGAAGGAAAUUAGUCUGAACUAGACGAGUAAAUUUUUCCAUCUUUCGAGUCCCGUUACCAAAAAUGCUUCACUUAUACGGGGAUAGAAGACCUCGAUUUCCAUCUACUGGGAAAAUUGAUCUCAAUCAAAAAGAAGAUCGUUGUGCUGGAGGAUACUCAAAGGAUAAAAGGUUUUCGAAAUAGGAAUUGUGGUAGAAUGAAAUGACGCAAGAUCGUGCUAGGGUACAGAUGAGAAAACUUUGUUAAAAGCAGAAACGGCCAGUAGAGGGUUGUCAGAAUUAUAGGUAGCAACCAUAUUUCUUGUCGGCUCAAUGGUCGGGAACCUAUCUGACGUAUGGGAUCGAUAAAGGCUUGGACCCAGAAUAGUUUUCAAGUGAAGAGAAAAUGAGCGCGUUAUGUGAUAACACGUGUUUAAUUCUUUGAAAAUAAUUGAUUUGAUCUUUGGAGAAGGAUCGUUAAAAGUUUAUUAAGCGCCAUGUCUUGUUAUGGACCAAUCAGACGCACGAUGUGCCGCUGCGAGUCCUCGAAUAAUCUAUCCACAGACGAAUGACAACAAAAGAGAUUGAUAGUGUUAGAAGAGGAAGUUCGUAUAUUUACAGGGGAUAUAUGCUUUUUUCCUUCUGUUGACAAGCCAAAUAACGUUUUAUCAUAGUGGUGAAAGUGUCGGGGAAUAUGAAGAGAAGAAAUGCCGAGUGCGGCAAGCUUCGGAGGCCCUUGAAACGAAACAAAAUUACGGAAGGAAUUUACGGAAGUACCCUACUUUAUUUGAAGUUUCUGCUGCUAUGGGCAAUGGUGAUUUUAGCAGACUUUAUUCUGGAAUUCAGAUUUGAAUUUCUCUGGCCAUUCUGGCUACUUCUUCGAAGUGUCUACGAUUCUUUCAAGUAUCAAGGCUUGGCCUUUUCAGUCUUUUUCAUUUGCAUCGCUCUCACAUCAGACAUGAUUUGUUUCUUCUUCAUCCCGGUGCAUUGGCUCUUUUUUGCCGCCAGCACGUAUGUUUGGGUGCAAUAUGUCUGGCAUACAGAUAAAGGUGUUUGUCUGCCGACGGUGAUGCUAUGGCUCUUGUUUCUCUACAUAGAAGCAGCUGUACGGUUGCGUGAUUUACGCCAUAUGCCGUUUCAUUUAGAUCUUUGUAGGCCAUUUGCUGCACAUUGCAUUGGCUAUCCUGUAGUCACACUAGGCUUCGGUUUCAAAAGUUAUGUGGGUUACAGAAUGAGACAGAGAAAACAAAAAGAUGUAGCAAAGGAAAACGAGUUUUACCUACAGCUACUGCAGCAAGCGCUGCCCGUGGAACAGCAAGCUACAGCGAUGCAGCAGCUGCAGCCGCAGGUUCAAUUACAAACACAGUUAGCUCCUUCUCCGCAGGAGCAACACACAAAGUCACAGUUGCACAGGCCGAAUCCGCAGUACAACACAAGUCCCGAAAAGAGUAGAGGUUGUAAUGCAACGGCAGAAGUUAGUAUACAAAACGGUGGAGUACACAGUAGCGCGCAAAGCGCUUCACAGGCACAAAGUGCUGCCACCAAAAACAGUCACAGAAAGUCACUCGACAAAGGAGAUAAACAAGAAGAUCAACAGAGUAAACAGAGCGCAACAAAUAUCUCACAGAACGAUAAAAGUGAGAAGAGGUUUGCACAUAGCAACGGAACCACAGUGCCUCACAACGACCUGCAGUUCAUUGAGAGGGUUGGCUCUGUGAACGACUUUGACAUAAAUGAGGUAGAGAAGGAUAAAUCGGUGAAAGGAGGAGGGUCUGCUCAUACUUCCGUCAAGAUACAGUCGAAUGGAUCUGCUGGUGGAAAGUGGAAUAACGUCAAAGACAGUCGGGAUUCUUCGACAAUCGUUAAUGGUCAGCGUGAACGAAAAGGCCGUCAAACUAAACCUACCGUUGACACAGUUGCAGAACAACAAAAACAACAGGAGGAAUAUUGUCAGAGGUUACUGGUGUGUCGCAGGCUCGAGGCAGAUGUCAAACGACUAAAGUCAGACCUCCAGUCGAGUAGACAGGUGGAACAGGAACUGCGCUUGCAGAUUAACACAUUAUCGAGUGGCGAACGCCAAGCGAAGGGUGAUAUUCAGCAGCUGCAACACGACAAUGAUCAGCUACAAAAUAAAUUGCAUGGGCUGGUAACUGCACGACAAUUAGAUAAACAGACAAUGUCGUCUUUGGAAAGACGAAUAACCGAAGAAAGAAGACAACGCAGUACUUGCGAGGCUUCUUUGGCUGCGGAGAGACGAGCCCGUCGUGCGGCGGAGGAAGCCAGAAGUUCCAUACCGCCACCUCCUCCUCCUGUAAGACAGGAAUGUACCGACGCAUGCAAAUCUCGAAGAGCACAAUUGGAGCAGGAUUUGAAAAACCUGCGUCGAGAACUCAAAACAAAAGAUGAUAGGUACAUCGCAAUCGAUAAGGAUAUUGCGCGAUGUAAGGAAACCCACGGAGAAACCGAAAUUCUGCUGGGAGCUCUCAGCGCUCUGCAGGACAAGAAUGCUCACUUGGAAAACAGCCUCAGCGCGGAGACAAGAAUUAAGCUCGACCUGUUCUCAGCCCUUGGGGAAGCAAAGCGUCAACUCGAGAUACGAGAGAGUUUAAUAAGAUCUCAGGAGAAGGAAAUUGAGACGCUGAAGGCAAAGAUUGCGCAAGAUUUAGCAGUCAUGCCUCAAGAUUCUUUCGGGCCUGGGCCAGCUUCGAGUUCAGCGACGUCGAAGCUUCGUUUGAAUAACGAAGUACGAGUUGGAGGUAAUAAAAUGCGCGGGAAUGAAAAUCCCUGUCCAGGCUGCACCGUAUCCAACCUGGAUCCAAAUGCUACCGCAUAUACGCCCAAAGGUUCUUUGGUUGCGUCCACAGAGGCUUAAGAGUCAAAUCCCCACAAAGCCAGAGUUAAUUAAAAAUAACGACCAAUAAACAUGUUUCAGUUUUAGUUCAGACGUUAAAAAUAAAACCAAACGAAUCGCCUGCGAUUGACCACAUUUUAUUUAUACUUUGUUCGAAGGAAAAAAAUCAGAAUAAUUUCAAUGCCAUCGACGAAUUUACUCGAUUUCGAUUUACAAAGUUGCAUUCUCUGUACUGUUCCAAUAGUAAUAAAACGUUGGCCUUUGAGAUGAGCUGAAUUUCAUGCUAACUUAUUGAGCAGUGUUCCGUAUCAGCUGAGCUGGAAAUUUCGAAUUUUCGUAUGCAUCUGAAAUAAGCCUGAAACAUGAUUUUUCUAGACCGCCAGAUUACUGUAAAAACAACAGAAGUAUGUGCUUGAUAUUCGAAAAAUAAAUUCACCUGGCAAGUACUGGCGUACCAUACCUGUAGUGUUUACAUAUGCUGCGGAAGAGUUCUCGGCGAUAUUAAUCUUACCUAUUCAGUUACGCUUUCAUUCGUAGCCUAACGAUGGAAUAUUCCUGAAAUAAUGAGAUUGAGUCUAAUUUAAAGGUCCGAACGAAUAUUUUGAGUGGCCCGAUUUAUCGACUACAAUUACUUUUCCAAAUUACGACUGUUUAAAAAAUUUCAUGGAAGAACAAUGUAAUCUAGAGUCGUGAUGGUGGCCAGAAAUGAAAUUUUCAACUAACGAGCUGCCUAGAUUUCGUUGAAGAAAAGAGAAUAUUUUUUACGGAGACAACGCCAUUGAACCUCUCGCAGCGUAUCAAUAAUCUUCUGAUGGCUUGUGAGGACAUUUGCUCUCAUCCAAGUCAUUACCCGAAGCUAGUCCACCCUAAAAUUGUAUUUAAUGUCAUUGGUAAAAUAAGCCAUUCAAAUCACACGAUCAUCAUUCAAAGAAAAAGAGUAAUAAUAAUAAUGAUAAUGAUAAUAAAAAAAAGAAAAGAAAGAGACAAAUACCCUCAUCUCAAAAUAUGUGCAGUUCGUUGAUAUUCUGUUUGAAGCAUUGAAUGAUAGUUAAAAUUUGACAUUGAAAUAUUGGGGCACUGAAUUUACUCUUUCUCAUUCUUUGACAGAACUCUCGUUAGCUUAACUUCCCAACACGAUCGCAUUUUGUCACUCUAAAGUUCUAAUGGUUUUUUCUAAAGUAUUUAUUUUUGUUAUUGUCGAGAGUUAUUCUCAAACUACUCGAUAGAUUUCGCUAAAUAAGUCGGAAAUUUUUUUUUUUUCUAAAUCAUUCGGUAGAAUUAAACCUUUUCGUUUGCAUUGCCUUGCGGGGUACGAAUUUUUUUUUUUUUUUUUUUUUUUUGUAACAAUUUAUAUUCAAUAAUUAUUAUUAUGUUUGAUGGCUUUGAAGCAUUUUCUAUAUGAGUGGAAAGCCAGUUUGGAUAUUAUAGCACCCAUUAUUAUCAUCAUAUAUACAAACAUCAUCCCACCUGUAUAUACAAUGUACUCUCAUGACAAUUAAGUUAUUAAUUAUUUAUUAUUUCAACAGCGAUAAAAUGUUUCGGGAGGAUCCUAAUCUUCUUAUAUUGGGUUUUUUUUUUUUUUUUUCUUCUUUUAAUGCUGCUGUUGUGGACACAAAUUUUCAUUACUGCGUCAUUGAAUUGCAAUUUUUUUUUUGUUUGUUUUUUUUAUGCUUCAUUUAGACUAGCAUAUCUAAUACAAAGUGAAGAUCGUCGGUAGAAUCUAGAAAGUAAAAAAUUCCACGUGUCAACGUGUUAGAAAAGUUUCUCAGCAAUUGAAACUGUUCGAUCCUGUUUUCAAAAUUUAUGUCGUUAAGAUACCUUGAAGUGUUCCACAUUAAAAAUUAACAUAUUGUUUCAUUGAUUAUUAAUGUAAAUUCGCGGCAUCGCUAUUGAAAAGUUUAUUGUUAUAGAAACUCCAGUUUGUUAUCUAGAGGUUUAAUAACGAUUUAUAAUUAAUUAUGUUUCUUCAGAAGGUGUAUUAAAAUUUGUGUUCACAUUUGUACAGAUCGUUACAAUUGGUCUGAGUGUAAUGGGUCAACUUACAUUAGGCCUGAACCAGAAACCUCCUUUCACGCUUAGUUACGUCAUGCUUAGUGCUACGCUUCCCCUUUCACUGUCGGACCAGAGUUGAUUAAACCGAAUCAAGUCUAGAAGAAACUUCAGAGAAGCUUUUACCUUUAACGAGCUCAUUUAUUACGCUCUUUAUAUAUACAAACAGAUCGUUACAUCCAUAAAUUGCCAAAUCAAAUCCAGAUGCCUAUUUUAAUAAUUUGAUAUGUAUAUCCAUUGUCCAGUGGUAUUAUUACCUGAUGUAUAUAGAAAUUUAAAAGGAAGAGAGAAAAAGAUACAAACAAAAAUCAUUCGAAGAACAUGAGCUAAAAUUUGGGCGUUUGCACGGGUGCAGUCACUUGCCACAAAAGGUUGUUAGUCUUAAUCUCUUAUCGGAUUCAGGAAUGAAGUGUUUCCUGAUACGUUUUGGUAUAAGUUUCAAGGUCAUUUGCGUUAUAAAUGCAUCUGAUGAUUGAAGGCGAGAGAAAUUUUUUUGUUUUUCAACGAUCCUCAGUUGCUUUAAUGUGAUCGUCGAGUCCCAUAGCUAAUCGUUUAGAAAUUGAUGAAAACUCCUUUUAUUUUAUUUAAAAGAAUACCUUUUUUCUUUAAUGGUUAAAUAAAUAUAAUAUUUAGUUUGUUAUUUGAAAAGUGAAGAAUGAAAAUGUACGUAUCUUCCCUUCAUUAUACACACACACAUGGAUCGCAACUAUGAACUCAUUGUCAUUACCUUCUUGUAAUUAUAAUUGUAAAGAUACAAUUUGAUCAUACCUAAUUACACACAAAGAUCGAUUAUCCAACUUGUGAUAAAGUUGGUUAGACGAAUAUAUAUAUAUAUAUAUAUAUAUAUAUAUAUAAUAAGUAUAUGUAUAUUACACGUCGCUCCGAUCCCAGUCAGUAAUCUUAUGCCUAAUUUGUACGACUACUAAACUAUUUAUCAGUUAAUGACCUUUAACGAGUACUUAAUUUUUUUAUUUACUAUUGUGAUUAUUGUUAUUCGGAUUAUUAAUCUGUUUUCCUUCUAUCGUCGUUUUACGGUGAUCCUGACCAGAUCUUGCUUCCUCUCGCAAUUUUUCAACGCGAUAGCACAAAUUGAAAGAUAUUAUUGUAUUGUCGUCUGCUUCCCAACAUAUUUGUAUAUCCUCUAAAAAUAUAAAUAUAGUUGCGAGGUCCUGGGAGUUAAUUUCAAUUGCUGAAAUACAACAAUCGAGAUUCUGUUAUUAAAUUAUUUUUUCUCCAGUUCAUUUAUUCACUAAAUGACAAUCAGUUGUCAAAUUAAUUUUAUUUUUCUUCCAUUUCGAUGUCUGACUGUGUUACUUGAUGUUGGUAUUCAAAGAAAACAAAAGAAUGGUGUGUGAUAUGUUCGUCAUUUGUACUGAUUGAAACAAAAGAAGAAAAAAAAAAAACAAUUUUUUAAUGCGCUUCCAACAUUUAAUUACGUACUUACUUAUUUACUUAAUUAACUUAACUUAACCUUAACUUACUUAUCCUAUGACAUCGUAUGUUUUAAUUAGUUGUGUAAGUUUAAGAAAUAUUAUUGCUAGCUGCUGAUGAAUUUUUGCACAGCAAUUUGAUCUCACAGCAUCGGUGGCUGUACAUGUUGCAAAUGCCCAGUUAAGUUUACCAACUUUUAUAUUUGUCAUGCUAUCCGUACGGUGCAUGUAACGUAAAUGUCACUUUAAUAAAAAGAAAGUAAGAACCCGAAAACAAGUUAAAUACACCUAAAGAAAACAAUGAAUAAAUAGAAAGAUGACAAACACACACACACACACACAAACAAGCAUUACAAAACACAUAAUGAUCUUUCAAUGAGGAUUAACAAGAGUUGUACUGUACCCGAUAGCGUGGUGACACUAUCAUCUCGAGACAGUUUGCACAAAUUCGUAGUUUUUAUUGAAUUUUGUAAAUCACAUACACACCGACACAUCUUGUAUAAAUCGUUAAGCCAGCGUUCAACGCAUUCUAUGGACUUUUUUAAUCUAGAUAAUAAAAAUCGCGGCAACGUAAAAGAAAAAGAGAGCACGUACGAUUUGAAAUGGUACGUUCUUUGUUAACAUAGUACGCGGUGUGAUUAGAAGAAAAUCUUUUUUCAGUGCCCUGAAAUAUCUGUUGACUAAUGUUUGUGUACCUUCUACUUCUUCUUUGGAGGAUUAUAUAUUAAAAAUAAAAUCAGUCUAGGAGACGAAAAAAAGAAAGAUUAAAAAAUAAACUAAAGUGAAAUUGAAUAAUAAUAAUAAUAAUAAUAAUAAUAAUAAUAAUAAUAAUAAUAAUAAUAACAACAACAACAACUACAAAGAAAAAUAAAAAUAAAAUGAAUAAAUGAAUGAAAAUGAAAGUGGGAGUAAUAUAAUUGAUUUCGAUAACACGUGAAAGUACAAAAUAUGUAAAAGAAAAUAGGACCCAUCCCAAAAACAAAAAAAAAAAAAAAAAACAAUGUUCAACCAACUUUUGUAAUUCAUCCCUACACAGAACCGUUGUUUUACUCAAUUAUUUUUCCGUCAAAUUUAUUUUCUCUAUUUUUCAUACUUUCCGAGUCACAAUUAAAAUAUUGAUCGGUACCCAAUCCUAGCAUGUUUUUCCAAUAUUGAUCUCAUACAAAUACUUGCUGGUAUUGAUUCUGCAACGAUCUUCAGCUAAAAAUUAUCCGAUUUCUUUCGGAUACUUCUUUGCUAAGAAUCUAGGCGUACCUGAAAAAUUUGAUCAAAGUUCAACUAGAAGUACGACAUGUUUGUUAAGUACGUUGUGCAAUCAGGUACUGAUCGAUUGUUCCCUCGAUUGAAAAUACACCUAAUAUGCCGAACUGGUUAUUAUACAAUAAAAGAUUUUCCGUCGAACGCCAUUCAUAUUCUAUGAUUAUUAGUCAUAAUUAUUUGACACAAUUGUUGAAUAUCUGUCAAUAAUUAUUACUAUAGGUAUUUGUGAAGAAAUUAUCAUUUGAAAUGAUAAAAUAAAAAUAUAUCGAAAAUUAUUUUAUCCAAAAGCAAAAAAAAAUAGAAAAAAAAUGAAAGGAUCUUGCGUUAAAUUGACGAUGAAAAAUAAAAUCAUAUCGAAUAUUGUUUGCACAGUUAAUUUAUUCUAUAUUGGUUGUUAUUUGUGGAUGGUCUUUGAUGUUAUAAUGUUUAGUAAAUCCUGACCAGGAUGUGUAAUGCUUCUAUGAUGAAAAAGAAAUACAUAUUGACAAAUAAAGUGAUUGCAUGUCAAUAAAGAAAAAAAUAAAAAAAAAACAAAGAAAAUAAAAACAAAA